AGGUCCCUGGCACCCGCCUGAGAGCAACACUAUGAGCUUUGUAGCUUAUGAGGAGCUGAUCAAAGAGGGUGACACAGCCAUCCUGUCACUGGGCCACGGUUCAAUGGUGGCAGUUCGCGUGCAGCGUGGAGCACAGACCCAAACCCGGCAUGGCGUCCUGCGGCACUCGGUAGACCUCAUUGGCCGUCCUUUUGGUUCCAAGGUGACCUGCGGCCGAGGCGGCUGGGUGUACGUGCUGCACCCCACACCUGAGCUCUGGACACUGAACCUGCCGCACCGCACCCAGAUCCUCUACUCCACCGACAUCGCCCUGCUCACCAUGAUGCUGGAGCUUCGGCCUGGCUCUGUGGUCUGUGAAUCUGGCACUGGCAGCGGCUCCGUGUCCCAUGCCAUCAUCCGCACCAUUGCACCCACGGGCCACCUGCACACGGUGGAGUUCCACCAGCAGCGGGCAGAGAAGGCGCGGGAGGAGUUCCAGGAGCACCGCGUGGGCCGCUGGGUGACCGUGCGCAACCAGGACGUGUGCCGCAGCGGCUUUGGCGUGAGCCACGUGGCUGAUGCUGUCUUUCUGGACAUCCCGUCACCAUGGGAGGCUGUGGGCCAUGCCUGGGAUGCCCUCAAGGUUGAAGGCGGGCGCUUCUGCUCCUUCUCGCCCUGCAUCGAGCAGGUGCAGCGCACGUGCCAGGCGCUGGCGGCCAGAGGCUUCUCGGAGCUGAGCACCGUGGAGGUGCUGCCCCAGGUGUACAACGUGCGCACCGUCAGCCUGCCCGCGCCGGACCUGGGCACCAGCCCCGGCCCCGACGCCAGCCCCUUCCGCAGCGGGACGCCCAUGAAGGAGGCCGUGGGCCACACUGGCUACCUGACCUUUGCCACCAAGACCCCAGACUAGUGGGCUGCCCACCAGGAGCUCCGGGGAGCUGGGAGCGCGUGGCCCCAGCAGGGCGGCUCUGCCUGCUGCAGGCCGCCUUAUAUGGUCAGCGGAGGCCCGCUGGGCUUGUGUUUAGACAGAUGGUGGGGUGGGGCAUGGGGGCCCCCUGGGAGCCAGCCAGCUCCAAGACUCAGAUCCCUGGGGAGGAGGCCUCCACUGUGCCCAGUGUCCCUGUCCUGCUGCUGCUCAUUGACAUUCAAAGUCCCCACUGCCAUAGGCUCUCCUGGGGGCUGAGGGCCAGGAGUAGAGCUGGUGGCCCCAAGCAGCAAAAUAGGUGGGGGAGCAAAGACAAGGAGGAGGGCCGGGGGCUUGGUGCUGCAGUGGACCCCGGGACCCCCGAGGCCCAGCCCUGCCUUGGCCAGGCUGGCCCGGCAACUGUGGAGAGGCGACCCAGCACCUUGGGUACUGCCACCCCCUCCCCUCUAGAGGGCAGCCCACCCACCACCCCGUUUUCCUGCCUGGGAACCGCCUUCUGCCGCGAGAACACGCAGCUUCCAUCACUCAGGGGCCCGAGGAUGGUGACAUGCUGCAGCGGACCCAGCCAGUCCUAGUUGGAUCUGUUAGAGCCCUUGUCCAACCCCAGCGUUUCUCAGGUGCCCCUGCCCCUCACAGAAGCCCUGGGGUUGUGGGGUGGCGGGGUAUAUCCAGGACAGAGGGCAGGACGCCAGAGCCGGGGCACAUGUCACCUGCCCCAGCCCGGCCUCCAACUUGGGGGCGUGUGGCUGGUGCCCCUGCCUGCACUACCCACACAGGGCCUGGCACAUGCCCUGGGCCCACGGGUACUGUGCCGGCACGAGGCCCGGCCUGACCGUGGCUGGUAAAGAAUAAACCUGAUGCCCUGCAUAGCAA